UUCACUGUCAUUGAUUUAAUAUGACUUUCACUGAUAUCAUAAUGGAAUAUAGCCAGGACAGCCUUACAGAGUCGCGUCGUGUUGCAUCACGUCGUGUUGCAUCGCGUCGAGGUCUGUCUGAUCCCAAAAUUCAUAGUUUACCCACCUCUAAUUUUACCACUACAGCACUGACUCCGAGCACAACAAAAAGAGCACUGUUCUGUUUUCCAUGCCUUCUUUUUGGAAAUACUACUAAUGCAGACUCAGUUUUGACAAAUGAUGGAUAUAAAGACCUGAAGCAUCUAGCAGAAAGAACGGUGAAACAUGAGAGUAGUACAAGUCAUAUCAAUUGCGGCAUGAAAUAGGGACUAUUGGGAGGGGUCAACAUCAUGGCACAGAUAGAUAGUGCUUAUCAGCGGAACAUUUUAGAGCACAACAAGCAGACUGGGGAGGCUGAUAUCGUGCCUAAAGCUCUGUGGGAAGUGCGAACUGGGCCUGCAUGGUCACGGCGAGUCAGCCGACUCAGUAAACCCAGGCAUUUUUGAGACGAUGUGCGAGGGUGACACCAGGCUGAAAAGACACUACGAUUCGGCCUAACAAUUGAAUGGUUUUGCCAGAGUGGCUCAGGAAGCACUGUGGGCUACCUGAAAGCCUACAUGACUGACCUCUACCUCUCCGAGGACUCAGAGAAGGUUAAAGAGGCCAUAGAGGAGCGUUUUGCUGCUGCUACUAUGUUUGCCUGUGACAACAUGAACGAGCUGAGUGACAAACAGCUACGUAUAGCCUUUGAUGGAGAUUGCGUUCUGUUCUCAGACGAAUCAGAGAUCAUAACAAAGACACAAGGACUUGACGCAUUCUUUGACAAUGAAAAGAAAUUUGAGAACAAGCCCCUUGCACAGGGGCCUCUGAAAGGAUUUCUGGAGGCAGUGUGGAAACUUCAGCAAAAGUUCUACGCCAAGCGUCUGAGCUGUCCCAUCCGCACAUACCUAGUGACCUCUCGGAGUGCAACCAGAGGAGGAGCUAGAGUCCUGAAGACCUUCAAAAGCUGGGGCCUGGAGGUGGAUGAAGCAAUGUUCUUGGCAGGGUCUCCCAAGGGACCCUUGCUGCAAACGAUUAGGUCUCAUAUCUUCUUUGAUGAUCAAAUGUCCCACAUUGAGGGGGCCCGAAAACUAGGAACAAUCGCUGUUCAUGUGCCUUAUAGCAUUAGGAAUCUCCUACAGGAAACCACACCAAUAAAAUCUUAGUGUCCAUAUCUCUAUAGCCUAUAGGUAUGAAGCCGCAUUAUGGAGUUUUUGUCUAAAACUAGCGAGCUUACUAUUUAAAAAGCAUGCAAGAAACCUUGCAAACACUGCCAGCAGCUCAGUUGGCACAGAUAAAAGCUAAAUAAUAUAACAUAAAUAAUGUUAACAUGCUAACUGGCAUCUUUUGCUCUGAAGGUUUUUCUUACUGGGUUUUACUUACUGGGUGUUCCAGACUACAGAACUACAUAGUGCAUAGUCUGGACAACUAAUGGGAAGGAUAGGUGUGUUUAUGUCCUUCACAUAUGAAGAUGAUACCGAAAGUAGUGGCUUAUAAAAACAUACCUCGAAAAGUUGCAAAUUGUUGCACGAUGUUUGCUUAAAGUAAGGCUAUUUUUACCAUUGAUUAAUGCUUCAUAUUUUCCAUUUUGACCUUAUCAUAAUAAACGUAUUUAUCACAA